GGACGGAAGAAGACACAGCCAGCGAACAGGAAGGGAGAACGGAAAAGGAAACUAGUCCCUUUGAACAGCAAAUGAGUUCCCCGUCUAAAACAGAUCCAGCGCUUGGCAGAAACCAGCACACCGCUUUCAAACUUACCAUCAAUCACCUCGACAGGCUUCUUUUUACCCAUUAUGGAACUUAUAAAUAAGCAGAUGUGAGGAAGACAGCCGAACUUUACUUCUGGUUCUGAUAUUGGGAAUGAUCCAUGUUGUGAUUUCUAUAAUUACACACUUGGAAAGCAGCUCCAAGAACGACCAUGACAAAUAAUCCGACAGCUAAACCAAUUGGAGAUGAUCCAACUCUGUCGACCUGUUGGUUAACGGCAAAGGUUGUUAGAAAGCAGUUGGAGCCUCUCCUUGCUGUCGCCCCUCCGUGGCGCUCUCUGCUGCACAGAUCCAGUCUCCUGACCGGUGUUCAGCUCCCUCCUCCUCCUCUUCCUCCUCCUCCUCCUCGCUGCGGCUGCCAUGGCUGCGGAGGCUUCCGGCCGGAAAGAUGCGACCAUCACCGGCCCAGCAUACUCCACCGAGAUGCGGGAGCAGCUGAUGACAGAGGGAAACAUGAAAAACGAUGCGGACGUGUCUCUGCCUGCUGCACCGGACAACUUUGCAAUCCUGUGCCGAGAUGUAUGCCGGUCGUACGGAAAGCUAAAGGUCCUGUCCAACCUUAACCUGUCCGUACCACAGGGACAGAUUUAUGGCCUUCUGGGUCCCAGCGGAUGUGGAAAAACGACACUGUUAAAAUGUAUCGUAGGAACGCUGAAAAUAUCAAGAGGACACAUCACUGUGUUAGGGAAGCCGCCUGGAUUUCCUGGACACGAGGUCCCAGGGAAGAUGGUUGGAUACAUGCCACAGGACCUGGCGCUGUACAACGAGUUCACCAUUAGCGACACCUUGACUUUCUUCGGACGAAUCCAUGGCCUGACAUCGAAGGAAACCCAAACACGCAUGAACUUCCUCAUUGACUUCCUGCAUCUACCUCAGAAAAACAGCCUGGUCCGAAAUCUCAGCGGGGGUCAGAGGCGGAGGGUGUCUCUCGGAGCUGCCUUGCUGCAGAAUCCUGAGCUGCUCAUCUUGGAUGAACCAACGGUCGGAGUGGACCCCGUGCUUAGAGCCAAGAUCUGGCAACAUCUGGUGGAGAUUGUGAAGACGGGGAAAGUCUCUGUCAUCAUUACUACGCAUUAUAUAGAGGAGGCCAGGCAAGCCAACGUGGUUGGUCUGAUGAGAAACGGCCAUUUGCUGGCAGAAGGUCCUCCAGAUGCAGUCAUGAAGAAGCACAGUGCCACGACCUUGGAGCAUGCCUUCUUGCAGCUGUGCGAGUCGUUGGACCAGAACUCCUCGCAGGAAUCCAGCUCAGAGAGCGAAACUCUGGAGAAAAGCCAGACGUUUGCGAAUGGCCGGGAUGAGAGUCAGCCAAUCCUGGCGGUUGUGCCUACGCCUGUGGAAGAAGUUCCUAAAUGUACAGUGGGCUGGAAGGCGCGGGCCAGACACGUCCUGCCAAAGGGGAGAAACAUCGCAGCGCUGUUCAUCAAAACAAUGGUGCGGAUGAAGAGAAUGCCAGGCUCGCUGUGCUUCCAGUUCCUGCUGCCGGUCAUCCAGAUCUCGCUCAUCUGCCUGUGCGUCGGCGGAGAUCCGAAGGGGAUCACGGUGGCUGUGGUGAACAACGACACCAGCCCCCCAUCCAGCUCGUUCAGCCAGUUGCUGCUGUCCUUCCUGGAUAACUCCAGCGUGAUUCAGGUCCCCCUGCCCCACAACGAGGCGUUCGAAGGGGUCCAUAAAGGGGAGUUCUGGGGGGUCAUCGGCUUUGGACAGAACUUCACCAAUUACUUGACCAAACGGUUUCUGCAGCGGCAUGUUUCCAAGGAAGUGAUCGACGGCGGAUCGGUGCACGUCUGGCUGGACCUGACCAAUCGGCAGAUCGGCCUCAUGCUGCAGAAGCAGCUGCACCAGGCGUUUCAGGCUUUUGUGGAUUAUAAAAUGGGCUCUUUGGCGUACCUGGCUGCUCUACCGGUGAAAUUCGAGGAGCCGAUCUACGGAAGCCUGGACAUGGAUUUUACCACCUAUGUGACUCCCGGAGCCGUCCUGAGCAUCUCCUUCUACCUGGCUGUGGGUCUGACGGCGCUCUCCUUUGUCCUGGAGAGGAAGGAGGGGCUUCUGGACAGGUGCUGGGUGGCAGGUGUGAGCUCCCUGGAGACGAUGCUGGCUCACCUCUUCUCCCAGCUCUUCGUCAUCAGCGUCCAGAUCACCCUGAUGCUGCUCUUCAUCCUGCUCGUCUUCAAGAUGCCGAACGAAGGCUCCCUGCUGCUGGUCAUUUGUCUGAUCGUGCUGCAGGGCGUCACGGGAAUCUCCUUCGGCCUCGUCAUCUCGGCGGGGAUCGACGACGAGCAGAGUGCCAACCAGGCCGCCCUGGGCAUCUUCUACCCGAACCUCAUCCUGAGCGGUAUCAUCUGGCCUGUGGAGUGCAUCCCGUAUCCUCUCCGCUACCUCAGCCUGGCUCUUCCUCAGACCUAUGCUUCCGAAUCCCUGCGCUGCAUCAUGUACAGAGGCUGGGGGAUGUCCGAGAUGAUGGUGUGGCGAGGUUUUGCCGUCACCCUGGGCUGGAACACAUUCUUCCUGAUCCUGGCCACCGUCAUCCUAAAGCUGAGAACGUGACAGCCUCCGUCCCCUCGGAAGACGCCGUCUCGAGUGGAGACGGAUCAGGAGCCGACAACAACCCUUGGACCUCCCGCCUGCGGAGAAGGCAAAGCAGAAGAAAUAAAGAGG